AUGGAUUUUAAGCGGUUCCGGGAUGCGCUGGCGCACUUGGAGCUGUGCGGCUGCAGCCCCAUUCCCAAGGGCCGGCUGGAGAAGGCUGACUGGACAGACACCAAGAACCUCAUGCUGGAGUUCUAUGGAGCGGAGGCUGCCCUGGACGUGGCGAUAACUGUCCUGGAGCACAUCCAGCUCCGCAAUGAUGCUGCCCUGCUCCGGGAGAGCAGAGAGAGAGAUCACCGCAGCGGGUACAAGAAGGCCGUGCGCCAGACCUACGGCCGCAUGAAGGACAUGAACGCACGUGUUGGUGACAGCGUCAGCCUCAGCGCUCGGUACGCGCGGCUGGUGAUGGUCACCGAGCACCGCGACGAGCAGCAGCGUGAGCGCGAGGUCACGGCUGUGGGGCGAGGGCAUGCGGACCUCAUGAAGGAGCGCGCCAGCUCCUCCAUCGCCGUCAAUGACCUCUUCAAGCCCGACGACGAGGGCUGGAGCCCCAAGGAGGUGGUGCUGUUGGGCGCCGCGGGCAUGGGGAAGACCAUGACAGCCAGGAAGAUCAUGCUGGACUGGGCGUGCGACCGCAUGUUCGAGGAGUUUGACUUCGUGUUCUACAUCCACUGCCGGGAGGGGAACCUCCUGGCCGGCGAGGCCAGCAUGGCUGACCUCCUGGCACGGUGCUGCCCCGGCAGCGCCCUGCCGCUGGACGCGGUGCUGCAGCAGCCGGAGAAGCUCCUGUUCAUCAUCGACGGCUUCGACGAGCUCCGUUUCUCGGUGGAGCAGCCGUGGUGGGAGCUGUGCGAGGAGCCCGGCGAGCGGCGCCCGGUGGACGUGGUCCUGGCCAGCCUGCUCCGCCGGAGGCUGCUGUGCCACAGCUCCCUGCUCAUCACCACCAGGCCGGCAGCGCUGCAGAGCCUGCGGCGGCUGCUGGAGCACGAGCGCUGUGCUGAGAUCCUGGGCUUCUCAGAGGGGGACCGCAGGGAUUACUUCCAUCGGUUCUUCGGGAGCGCGGAGCAGGCGGCAGCCGCCUUCCGCUUCGUGCGGGGCCAUGAGCUGCUCUUCACCAUGUGCCUGGUGCCCAUCGUCUGCUGGAUCGUCUGCACCGUGCUGAGGCAGCAGCUCGGCCGCGCCGGGGGCCUGGCCCACGGCCCCCGCACCACCACCGGCAUCUACGUCCUCUACCUGUCAGCGCUGCUGUGCUCCCUGCGCGGCCGGCAGCGGCAGGAGGUGCCUGCCGUGCUCCGCAGGCUCUGCUGCCUGGCGGCCGGCGGCAUCCGCGGGCACAGGGUCCUCUUCGAGGAGAAGGAGGUGCAGGGGCUGGCGCUGGGCAGGCAGGAAACCCUCCCGCUCCUCCUCAACGAGCACCUCUUCCAGAAGGACAUUUCCUGCGUCAGCUCCUACAGCUUCAUCCACCUCAGCUUCCAGGAGUUCUUCGCGGCGCUCUUCUACCUGCUGGAAGAUGAAGGGGAGGCGCAGGAGCCUCCCGUGGGUCCCAGCAGGGAUGUGAAGGAGCUGCUGCAGAGCUACAGCAGCUCCAGGAACUACUUCAUCCUGACCGUGCGGUUCCUCUUUGGACUCUUAAACGAGGAUCGCAGGAGGGAGCUGGAGCAGGAGACUGGCUGUAAGAUCUCUGCCAGGAUCACGGAGGAUUUGCUGGAGUGGCUUCAGGACAGCCAGAAAACAGCCCUGGCUCUUCUGCUGGAGGAGACAGGGCUGGUCCGAGACCUGGAGCUCUGCCACUGCCUCUACGAGCUGCAGGACGAGCGGCUGGUGGUGACUGCCCUGUGCCCCUUCACGGGGCUGCGCCUGCAUGGGCUCAACCUCAACCGCUUCGACCAGGUUGUCCUUGCCUUCAGCCUGAGGAGGUUCCCUGGGCUGCAGGUGCUGGAGUUGGGGCACUGCUGCUUCCUGUGGGAUGAGCCUGAGGACAAUGCAGCGCCGCAGCCGUGCAAGAAGCCUCAUCGGGAAGCCCAGGAGGAGGGGAUGCAGUCACCCAUCCACCUGCUCUGUCAAGCCCUGGAGGCAUCAGGCUGUAAACUGAAGACACUGAGGUUGGACCGGUGCGAGCUCAGCAGCGCCUGCGGCGCGGCUCUGGGCUCCGUCCUCGGCACCAGCCCUGCCCUGACCGAGCUGAGCCUGGCUGGGAACAAGGACCUGGGGGACGAAGGCGUGAGGCUGCUGUGCGAGGGGCUGCGGAGCGGAGCCGGCUCCCUGCGGGAGCUGCGGUUGGGCGGCUGCAGCCUCACGGCCGCAGGCUGCAGGGCUCUGGCAUCGGUGCUGGCAGCCGCUGCCGGGCUGGAGCUGCUGGACCUCAGCGACAACGCGGUGGGGGACGGCGGAGUGCGGGAGCUGUGCGCGGCCCUGGGCGGACCCGGCCGCGGCCUCCAGAAGCUCGAGCUGUGGCAGUGCGGGCUGACGGAGCUGGGCUGUGAGAGCCUCGCCGCGGUGCUCCCUGACACUCCCAGCCUGGCCGAGCUGCACCUGGGGGGCAACGCUGUGGGGGACGGCGGCGUGAGGCGGCUGAGCCGGGGGCUGCGGGACCCCCGCUGCCGGCUGCGCACCCUCAGGCUGUGGCAGUGCGGGCUGACGGAGCUGGGCUGUGAGACCCUCGCCGCGGUGCUCCCCGACAGCCCCAGCCUGGCUGAGCUGCACCUGGGGGGCAACGCUGUGGGGGACGGCGGCGUGAGGCGGCUGAGCCGGGGGCUGCGGGACCCCCGCUGCCGGCUGCGCACCCUCAGUCUGCGCUAUUCCCGGCUCACCAGCGCCUGCUGCCAGGACCUGGCCGCUGUGCUGAGCACCAGCCCGAGCCUGGAGGAGCUGGAUCUGUCCUUCAGCGAUGGGCUGCGGGAUGCGGGUGUGGAGCUGCUGUGCCAGGGGCUGCAGCCCCGUUCCUGCCGCCUGCGGACCCUGCGCCUGGGGAGCUGCCGCCUGACGGGCGCCUGCCGCCGAGCGCUGGCUAUGGGGACCCCCCCGCUCACCUGCCUGGACCUGAGCGACAAUGAACUGGGAGCUGAUGGGGUCCUGGAGCUCUGCCGGUGGCUCCGGAGCCCCUCCUGCCCCCUGCGGACACUGGGGCUGAGCACGGCUGGGCUGCCCCAGGAUGUGCUGCAGGACCUCACUGCCCUGCAGCAGCUGAAGCCCAGCCUGAGGGUCGGGUACCUCCUGGAGCAGGAGGCACCGCAGGCAGGGGCCAUGACCAGGCUCCCCUUCCACCGUGGGGCCCUGCCAGGCAGGAGGGUGCCCCCCAUGCUCCGGAGAGGAGCCCCCCUCUAGGACAGCCCUUGGAGCCAGCGCAGCCGUUCCCAGCCCAGUGCUUGGGGACCUGGGGGGAGCCUGCUCUGGGUCUGAGCCUGCCCCAUGCAUGGGGCACAGGGAGGAGGUGCUGCCUGCAUCCUGCAUCCUGCAUCCGCUGUGGUCAGGCAGGACCGGUCACAUCCUUCCCUCUCCUGUUUCCCCAUGUGUGGGGAAUAGAUCUAUAUAGAUCUACAUAGACCCCCAUCUGUUGGUGGGAACACUCGUGUUGGUGUCGGC